GCCAAACUAAGAUACUUCUUCCUCUUGUUCCAUAUAUAAUCAAGAUGGCUUUGUUAUCAAGAACGUUCAUGGCUUCCAUGCUUGUUUCUUUUAUGCUUGUUCAAUAUUUCACUGAAGCAGCUGAUCACCAGUUUGAAAUGAUGGGCGUCAAUGAAUCACUGAGCCCCCAGCCCCCAACAAUAGAUUGUAGAGUGGCAUGUGAAGGAAGGUGCAAGCUAUCAAAGAGGCCUCAUCUUUGCAAAAGGGCAUGUGGGAGUUGUUGUCACAAGUGCAGUUGUGUUCCUCCAGGCACUUCUGGCAACUAUGAGUCUUGUCCUUGCUAUUUUAACCUCAAAACCCCAAGGCAAACCCGCAAGUGCCCUUAAUUUCUUUCUAUUAUUCAAUUAAUUUCAGAAAAUCCCAUCAGAAAAAAUAAAGUGCACAAACUUCUUAUCUCUUUAACUGAGAGAUAGGUUUUGUUUUGGCAUGCAUGUAGAAUGUAAAAGCUUUCUGCUUUUGCACGAGGAGUUUCUAUUAAGAUUGUAUUGUGUUGAUGCACAAAACCGGAGGUCUUAGAACAACGUAAAUCCGACCGUGAAUCUAUAAGAAA